CACGUUUGCUUGUUUUAUUUCGCUGGUGAAAUUGAUCGAAGAAAGACACGCGCGCGUGCGGCUUCGUAUAUCGUAUCAUUUUGGCUCCCUGUUUUGCGGUUUUCUGGGAUUGUGUCGUUUCGGGCCAUAGACGCCGCAAGUAGGACUCCACUUCAUGUGAUCGCUGGUCAUCUGCGCGUGAAACCCUUACCCCUCCGUUUACUACAGAGCGUACGCGACGGUUGUGUGCGUGUGUAUUGGUUGGUGAAGGAAUGCGUACAACUCAGUGUAGGAACCGGAAGUGAGUACGUGUUUUUGGUGUUUUCAGAUAGUUCUUUUGGAUUAUCGAAGGAGAAAUCGAAAGCUGAUCAAUUCUGGUAUACGAAAGUGAACAGGUUUUACGAAAUGUACAAAACGGUGUUCGAUGCGUUUCUACUGCACUGAAGGGAUACAAUUGAAUCGAUGGCGGCAAGUGAGUGAAAGGAUUGAGUUGCAGACAAUUUGAGUCGGGUUUCGCGUCUGUCGGGAAGAAAGUGGGUGUAAGAGGCGCAAGUGGAAAUCGCAGUUUUGUUUGGAUGUGUGCACAUUAUUGGCUAGUUUUCGAUAUUUGAACGAAUAAACGUAGAAAACGUUUCGAAACAACAUUGGAAUUUUUAUACCGUACGAAUUAGGUUCUUCAAUUGUGGAUUAAACCACACUGGAUAUUUGUUGGUGUUCGUUCGUCUUCUUUUCUUUAUAGAUUGAUCUCACAAUUACCGAUAGAACAACAAACCGUCAUUGAAAUUGAGUCAACUUCAAGGAAUUAGUGGUAUUACUACCUCUAGAAAACCAUUGCAGUUUUAAUCACCUCUAUUCCACCGGUUCCGGAAUGUGACAACGGAGAAUGAAAAUGACUUGACUGACCAUAUUGAAGGUAGGACCUUCGAAUUUGGAAUUCGACCAGGCAAAUCACAAGUACAAUUAAACUUUUAACAACAAACAAACAAAACAAUCUUUGUCUCUCGUCGUCGUUGGAACUUCUAGAAUAAAUUGAGGUUAAUCUGAAUAUAAGCAACUAUGGGCACAAACUUGAAAAAUACCUCCGUGCGGCUACUGCAUACUUUGGCCACCCUGCUAGUAAUCUAUACUAUUCCUGCGGUGCUCUGCAGUAGCUCUAGCCAUUUCAAAAGCAUAUCGAACGCAACAAUCAUAUCCACAGACACAGCCAUUCCCACGAAAGUUCCGACAGAUCAGUCCAGUGAACUGGAGGAAUUCGAGAGCAUUGUGGAAAGCUACGUGAACGACGCGUUGGAUCGUAAUUAUAAGGCAAUACUAGCGGGCAUCACGGCGUCCAAUGAAACCCAGGAUGCAGCAAUUGAUGCCGGCACGAGUGACAAAACAAAACGCAGUUUUGGACCUUUCAAUCUAUCGGAGUUCGAUCGGAAAAUUAUCAACGGAGUAGCACAUUUUAUCGAUCAGCGAUUUCUCGGCAGCAGUAUGAGCAACGGUGUAACGGCCCGGGCUGUGCAUACGGGGCGGCUGUUCUUUUUCAAAGGACUGAAGAAAUUGAUGUGGCCACUGCUGUUCGGUCUGCAGAUAGUGAAAACCGUUCUGCUGGUGCUCUUCCUUCCCAGCAUCAUUGGAUCGUUUGGUAAAAUCCUCGGAAAAGGUCUGUCAUCGGUUUCUACACUGUCACAUCCAGCUACCACCGUCGAAGAUUUAGACUUUAAAGAUAACUCGUAUAACUCAGACCAGGAUUUCCAAAUGAACAUGGAGAACAAUGCUUAUCUACCUUCAUUGGAUUCACAUUCGGCUGGAACGAGUUACAACGCAAUGUACGAUGCAAACAACGCCAACGCAGCUCUAUCGAGGCUGGGCUUUGGGGGAGGUAAGGUGACGUACGUCAACUCUGUGAACGAUUACAAUCGGCAGCAGAAACGAAACGAUUUCAAGAUAUUCCACGACAUUCCUAGUAGCAGUCUUCUGCUCACGAACUACGAUCCGUUCUACAGCCCACUCCUGUCGAGGCUGGACGCGGUCUUUGCCCAGAUGGGUCCGUCUAGCAAGGAAGAAGCGUGCCGGGAGAAGCUGGUCUGCCUGAUGUACGCCAAUCCAGCCAAAUAUGCGCCUUACAGCAAUUUAAUUUCGGCGCAGUUGAGCAGGGAACUGAACGAGUUACGCAAACCAACCAAUGACAACCCGGACAUAAUGCGGUUUUUCCGGUACAUGAAGGCUGCCAAGGACGGCCAGGAUGGCGUCGAUUGCGAUCAAAUUCAUAAGGAUUGCAUCACCUACAAGGACCUGUCAAACCCGGCUAUGGUAACGACAUUCAACGACAUUAAUAAACUUGUGCAAGCGAGAAAGCUGUAGAGCGCUUGCUAGGUGGAAAAUAGAAUAAAUUACCACUAAAAUAGCUCACGCCAGCCAAAAGAGAAAAGAUUUCAACAGAAUUAAAACGAUGUUGUAACGAGUCAUGCAGCAGGAUGCCCGGCGAAAUAAUUACGCCGCUUGGCUAAACCGAACUGCUUUUAGAUGAGAAUCUCAGCGAGAUUGUUUUGCAGUCGAGCAAAACGCGCCGCGAGAAUGCGAAACGAACGUGACUGCUUUCGAUGAUGGUUUUUCGAAAGAAUUCCUGUUCGCACACUGCAAGAUUGUUCGCGAACUGGAUUGUCUUGGAAAUCUUUCAUCCGGCAGGAAGCUAUGGCCUCUCUCAGGAAGGUACGAAUACUUUCCUGUGCGCUGCGGCUUCCUCCUCGUAGUGAACAGUAAUUAGUGUGUUUAGCUGUAGUAGAUAACAUACAUUAGGAAGAAAUGUGCCUGUAAUUAGAGUCCUGUUUGAUUAGGGUAUUUAUUUAUUUAUUUAUAGAAUCUAAUAAUUUAUUCAAUUAUUUAUUUAUUUAUCAAUGAUUAUUAUUAUGUUUAUCAAAUUAUUAGAAAUCAAUUGUCUUUAAGUUAGGUUAUUUUUCAGGAUUUGGAAUUCACUUUCUUUCAAUAUUUUUGUGCAAGUUGAUUAUGAAUUAAACUAUAAGUAAAAUCCUAAUGAAUGUUUAUCAUGACUCAGUAUCAUUUUGGAUGGAAAAAACAACAAUGUUAAAAAUAAAAAUCUGGAGUGUUAGUGGUAUAGAAGUCAACACAGUAUUUAGCUAUCGGUUAAAGGCGAACCGGGAGUGGAAAAAAUGGUAACAAUUAAAUAAGCACAUUCGAAUCAACAGUGAAACCUCGUUUCCUUGUGUCGUUCUAUACUAAGUUAGUGAGUAGCAUCCUGUCACUUCCAGAACAGGAAUAAGCAGGCCAAUACCGUCAGGAUAAUACACCACGCUUUUAGUGCUAGCUGAGUGUUGCACACAAUAACUCUUUUAGCAUUAGAUGUUAAGGAAGGGACCUUUUCUAAGCUCUGUUGGAAGAAGGAAAAAUAUUGUAAUAUAUAAGUAGGUAUUUGAUCGCUCAAAAUAGCAGCUUCUCCGCUGUGAUGGACGAACGGGAACAUAAUAGCGCGUGAAAAAAUGGAAGUAAAUACUCGUUUGCCAUUUUCCGCAGCGUGAAAUCAUAAUAAAACGAAUAAAAAACACAAGUUGUUUGUCUUGCUGAAGUUUCGUGCUUCUUGGUGACGGUGUUGGCUCAAGUGAAAACUUUUUGUUUGAUGAAUUUUGCGACGUGGAUGAGAGUAAACAAUAAUGGAAGUGUUCUCAGAUUCUGAAAAUCAUCCUUUCAGCGGUAAUGGGCCCCCAUGGAUCAUAUCUAAGAGGAAAUAGAGUAUCGUAGGAGAGAAAAAAUCUCAGAUUCGAAACGCAUGGCCAAUUUGAACACUACAGCUGCAAAAAGAAAAACUUUUCUCAACAAAUCUUUUCGAAAUGUAACUUGGAGUGGUCAAGCGGUUACCGAAAAUACUGAAUAACUUGAUUGGUUUCUAUAUCUAUAACAUAUAAGGUCUUGGAGCCUCUGAUCAAAUUGAAUUAUGCCAUUCGAAUGUAACUGAUAUUGUUAACAGGUUUCGCCAUUGUUAAUAAAACUUAGUAGUUUUCUUAGGUUUUUCUUGAAGUAACACACAUGUUAUAUUGAAAUCUUGAAUAGAAAGCUGCUUUUACGCUGGAGAUACGUAUAAAAAUCGUGUGAAAACUUUCUAAAUUGAAAUUCAUUGUGAACAAGAGCGCAAGCUCUAGAAAUCGUGUAGAAAAGCACAUUAGUAAAACAUUUUAAUCGUGUCUGUAAAAUUAGUGACUGUUGGUUUAGUGUACUGGACAUUUGCAGGACUAGCGCUUCGAUCCUACUGACACUAACAGUCUCUUUCGAGCCGACACUUGAGCCUACGACUACUGGCUUUUUAGACCAGCUUCGUACCUCGAGACCAACUGGAAGAUAACAGAAUAACUAUUAAGUGUUUUAUAAUUUUAUAAACGUUAUUGAUUGGGCUUCCAAAAAAUGGGUGGAAAAGAGAAGAUAAAGCAUAACAAAAAGAAGAAGACGAAAAAAAAUCGUUGUUUUCAAAUAUAUUGGUCGGCAUCUUUUGACUUCAGGAAGUUCGGCUACACAGGGAUGUAAAAUGAAAAUCUGAAUCCGGAAAAAGUAAAAAAAAAUAUGUCCAAUUUCAAAUGCCUGAUCGGAAAGUUUUUGAUGGAUUUCCUUCAUUCGCAAUAAAUUGGAAAAUCUUCCGAGAAUCCUCCCAAAUACAGAAAAUUGUAAUUUUACUAUACGAACUAUUGUACUAUUGAAAAUGGUCAAGCCUUGUCAAAACGCAAAAUUCGACCUCUGAGU